UGAGCAGGCACUGCGCAUGCGCGUUCUGGAUAUUUCCUCACGUGGAGAGCUUCCCCUUCAGUGUCAGUAGAAGAAACCGGGGUGCAGCAGCUUCACGUGGACGAUCACAGCUCUCACACGUCCUGAAAUGGCCUUCAGAAAAUUCCUCCCCCUGUUCGACCGGGUGCUGGUGGAGCGUUUCACCGCAGAGACGGUAACAAAGGGGGGCAUCAUGCUGCCAGAGAAGUCUCAAGGCAAAGUGCUGCAGGCCACAGUGGUGGCGGUCGGACCCGGCUCUGUCAACCAGGAUUUCUACAACUGGCCGGAUGAAUCAUUUGAGGAGAUGGACAGCACCCUGGCUGUCCAACAGUACAUUCAGCAGAACAUUAGAUCAGAUUGCUCCAAUAUCGACAAAAUCCUGGAGCCUCCAGAGGGUCAGGAUGAAGGAGUGUGGAAGUAUGAGCAUCUCAGGCAGUUCUGUCUGGAGCUCAAUGGACUAGCUGUAAAACUGCAGAGUGAAUGCCAUCCAGACACCUGCACUCAGAUGACAGCCACAGAGCAGUGGAUCUUUUUAUGUGCUGCCCACAAAACACCCAAAGAGUGCCCUGCCAUUGAUUACACCAGGCACACGCUGGACGGAGCUGCCUGUCUUCUCAAUAGCAACAAAUACUUCCCCAGCAGGGUGAGCAUCAAGGAGUCAUCGGUGGCCAAACUGGGCUCCGUCUGUCGUCGUAUCUAUAGGAUAUUCUCUCAUGCCUACUUCCAUCACCGCCAGAUAUUUGACAAGUAUGAGAAUGAAACGUUCCUGUGUCACCGGUUCACGCGCUUCGUCAUGAAGUACAAUCUGAUGUCCAAGGACAACCUGAUCGUGCCCAUUCUGGAGGAGGAAGUGCAGAACACCUCAUCAGCCGGGGAGAGCGAGGCCUAAAGAAACAAGCUGCUGCCAUAAAGGGAGACACAUGUAAAACACACGACUUCACACACGACAGAGGAGACACACUCACACACACACCCUGCAUACGCACACACACACACACACAACACACACAUAUAAAUAUAUAAACACACUACAGUGUAAUAAGGCUCCUGUCUAGUAACACUGUCCAUGUCCCUCCACCCUCGUCACCUGUGUCUAUCUCAAAGGAAGUAAGGGUUAAAGAAUAGCGGGAGCAGAGUUCAGCCAUGCCUGCAGGACAAGAUGACGUUUUCUAUCCUAUGUACACUCUCUGUGUUUGUCCAGACUCACACUGUGUCUCUGGACGCAGCCCCUGCUCUCACACUACUCCUCUAGGGGAAACCCCUUUUUCCUUUUAAUCUUCUUUAAGCAGCUGGAUUUGCAAAAAAAAAUGUAAUCAUGGUGACCUGUAUUGUUGACAAAGGCACACACUGACAGCCCCCCCCCCCCCCCCCCCCCCCCC